CAGAACAGAUUGCGCAAUGAUGCUGGCACGUGCCACCGUUUAUGGGAUUGUCCUAUUCUGCCUUCUGUGGAUUGAGGAAACUCAGGCUGGAUCAAGCUUUCUGAGUCCGGCCGAUAUGCAGAAAAACUCGGUAAAAUUUCAAUUUCAUUACUUGGAUUUUUAUGUAAAGGGAAUAGAUAGACACACUGGAUAAAAGCCCAUUGUCCCAUGCAGCCAACCAUGUCUGUAUUAAAGUUCAGGCCUUUUCAAUAACUACUUGCUCAGGAAAAUGGUUUGUCAGACCCACAUUUUGCUGCACAUUUCCAUUUAUUUCCCCAACUUUAUGUAGAGCUUUAAAGUACAUAUGGUAAAUGUGAAUCUAUCAUAAAUAUUAUGGGACUUAGACCUUAAAAUGUCCCCCCCAAAAAAUCUAUAAAUGUUAAAAACAAAAUAUAGAGCAUGUACCUGAGUAGGUUUGGGGAAAAAAGGAAGUUAAAAAAUUAAGCACACAGACAGUCUCACAGCAGUCGAUCCACAUACAGUGAGAUCUUCAAUAAUCAAAAGUCUUAAAGGUGAACUGUCACUUUGCAAAAAUUUGUAAUAUUAUAUUUACUUUUAUCUAUAUUAAACAUAUGUACUUGUGAGGUGUGAAUAAUAAAAUAAAAAAUAUUUAAUAAAAUUAAAUAUGGAAAUCCACACCUUUUUCCUGCAACUGUGCGUCUCCAUUUUAGCUCCCUGUCAAUCAUUGUUAUUAGCUCUGUCUUUGGCACCUGGUUGCCAGCAUAGAGAAAGCAAAAGGAGAAUUUAGCAAUGUUUCUAUUUGUUCAUCUGUCAAUAAUUGCCCUGGCUGUGCCUUGUGUAAACUGAAUUAUGAUCUCAUUUAUUAAAUGUUCGUGCAUGGAGCAUCUCAUGAUAUAAAGCUUAACACGUGGGAGAAACAGAAGGUAAAAGAGAAAGAAAGGAAAUAAGAAAAAGUUAUAUGCAAGAUCUUAAGAUCUAACCCAAAUUAAAUUGUUGGUAUGAAUGGGUAUAGUCACAGAUAUGGUAAAAAAAUUAAAUAAAUGAGCAAUAAGAUAACCAUUGUAGCUCCAUAAAGGUCUUACAAGAAAUAAAUUAAAGGUAAAGGAGAGAAAAGAAGGAAAGAGAGAGAUGAGAGAGUAAAACAUCAAGAAAUUAUAAAAAAAAAAAAAAAAGAUGAUUAGAAAAGCCCUAAUUAUUAAGCCUAGAUAUUACUAAAUUGGUAUAAUGGAUACAAUUGUAAUGCAAUUUAUAUCUGUGAAUAUGGUAUGUCUUUUGUGAUGUAUGAUUCCAGUACGAAUCAUAUAUAAUUUGUGUUGUAUGUACAAUUAUGUUAAAUGUUUUUUUUAAAAAAUGUAAAAAAAUAAAUAAAAAUAAAGCUUAACACAUGUUAUAGGUUAUAGGUCUCGAUCAAAUCUAUAUGUAGCUGUUUUACAGAAACUGCGAUGUUUACAUUGUGAGAGAAAAAGAACAAAGUGUAUGAAUCAAAAGCAAAGAAUGUCCCUUUAAGCACUCUACUGGGAUGUCCAGCAUUUUACUUUGAGUAUGCAGAGUGUCUAUUUUGUCUAACUUUAUUUAAUUUUCAUGAUUUAAAAAAAAAAAAGGAAAACUUUGUUUAAGAUAUACAAGUCACGAUUUGCAAACAUACACAGUAUUGUUGGGUUAUCGUGAUGUACCUGUUUUACUUGUCAUCGAGCCACAAACAAAUAAAACAGUUCAAAACAAAAUGUUAGCCAAUCAGAUUAAACUUAGUAAUCACGUUACAGUCAUAAAUCUAUGAUUUACACUGGAGUUGUCACGCUUCAUAAUAGGAUAAUUUACUAGGAGGAGCAUCAUCUCCUCCUGAUUUUAAGAGUGUUUUAUUAAAUUGUUACUAUAUUAUUAUUAUUACUAUUAUUAUUGGCAAUGAUAUAGCAGCAACAAUUCUGCAGCGCUUUACAAUAUUAGAAGUGGGAAAGUUAACAAUGAAUGAGACAAUUACAAAAUGUUACAGGAACAAUAGGUUGAUGAUCUUGCUUGAAAGAGCUUACAAUCUAGAAGAGGUGGGGUAGAAGGGCAGCAUGGGGGAUAACAACCAAGCGACAAGGCUGGAAUGUAUCAGAACUGGAAGUAAGAGUUGAGUGUGGCCCUUUAAGAGAGAGAGAGACAGGUUUGUGAAAUAAAAGUUACUCUGGGAGGUCAUAAGCUUUUCUGAACAGAUUGGUUUUAAUGGACUCCUUAAAUGAUUAUAGACUAGGGGACAGUCUGAUGGGAGUAGGCAGGCUGUUCCAAAGGAAAAAAGCCACACGCAUUUCCGCGAAAAGUCCUGCAAGCAGCAGACAGGAAAAUGUCACUGGCAGAGCAGAGUGACAGAGAACAGGCAUACCUAUGAAUUAGUGAAGACGUAGUGGGGGGGCUAUAGUUGUUUAGAACUUUAUAAGUAAGGGUUAGUAUUUUAAACUAUUAUAAGGCACUAGAAGCCAAUGUAAGGUUUGAAAGAAGAGGAGGAAGGAGGAAGUGGAGCAACAGGAGAGAAAAAUCAGCCUCGGCAUCGGCAUCCAUUACGGACUCUAGGGAGAUCGAUAAGGAAAAAUUAUUUACCAGAGCAUUAAUAAGCUCCUUAGCAGAAUCUUGCAUAAGAAAGGGGCAAAUGAGGGCAAUGUUGUUAAGUUGGAAAUGGCAACAGAUUGUAUGUGAGGCAUAAAGGUGAGGUCAGAACCAAGAAAGCAUGCUUGCAUUGACAGGUUGAUGCAAGUGCCAUCAACUUGUAUGGAGAGCGAAAGGAGGAAGAAUAGUAUUAUGAGGAGGAAAGAUUAGAAGCUUAGUUUUACAGAAAUUAAGUGAAAGUGGGAGGAAAUCCAAUCCGAGAUGUAAGAGAGGCGACCGGUGAUGACAAGGGAGAGAUCAUUGGAGGAGAGAUAUUUCUGGGUGUUAUUGGCAUACAUGUGGUUGCGGACUCCAAAGGAAUUAAUAUGUCCGCCAAGAGAGGCAGUAUAGAAAGAAAACAAAAGAUAUCCGAGAACAGAGCCUUCGAGUACUCCAACAUAGACAAGAUGAGGGGAGGAGGUGCCAUUAGAAAAGGAGACACUGAAUGAACGUUGGGAGAGAUAGGAUGAGAACCACUAUAGGACAGUGUCACAGAGGAACUGAAGAGUUUGAAGAAAGAGAAUAUGAACAACAGUGUCAAAGGCAGCAGAGAGGUCCAGAAGAAUUAGUAUAGAGGAGUGACCUUUGGAUUUAGCCACAAUUAGAAGGGUUACUAAUUUGAGAGCAGUCUCAGUAGAAGGGGGGUAUGGGGGGGGGGGCAGAAGCCAGACUGACGAGGGUUGAGGUGAGAGUUCUAGUUGAGAAAGCGUGUUCGAUGUGUAAAGACAAGUUGUCCUAGAAGCUUGGAGCAGAAAUGGAGUAGAGAAAUGGUAUGUUAGAAGGGGUAGAUGUGUGAAGAGAUGUGUUUUUUAGGAUGGGUACAGCAGUAGCAUGUUUAGUGAGAGGAGGGACAAUGCCAGGAGAAAGAUAGCAGUUGAAGAUAUGCAUUGUGGAUGAGAGAGAUCUGAUAAGGUGGGGUCAAGUGGAAAAGUGGAAAAGUGGUGGGUCGAGAAGAAAGAAAAAGUACAGCCACCUCUGGUCCAAUUGUGUUUGAGAGAGGGGAAGAGGGGGGAAUAAUUAUUUCCCUAACUGAUUAAUAAUAUCAGUAAAUAGCAUGCAAACCUGCUAUACUAUAUUACUAUAUUUUGUCAGUCUGUCAGGUCAAGGUAGUGGAUUUUAAUGUCUUUAUUUAGCCUGUGGGAUUUCUUUAUUUAGCCUGUGGGAUUUUUGUCCAUUUACAAUAUAAAUGUAAAUGGCUAUUGUUUUGUUGUUUUUGUAAUAAACAUUAAUGUUUUAAAUUAAAAAAAAUAUUUUUUACAUUUUUCCCCUUUAUAGCAAAUGUAAGACUCAAACCCAUGAAUUGGAUAUACACAGUAUUCCAUUUUAUAUCUAGAUAGUGAGCGAUCAAAUAUAUGUUGAGGUUUACAGAGAAUAUUAAAGGACAACUAAGGUCAUCCACACCACUCUCAAUGACAUGGUCUGGGUGCAGUGGCCCGGUCAUCGUAACUCUUUAUUAUGAAACACUGCAGUUUUGUAGAACAGCCGGACAGCCACUCAAGGUGGUUCCUCUUCCAGAAAAUUAGUCCUUGCUGAUAGCAGCAAUUGAUUAAAGAAGUGCAGCAUUUGACUUUAACAAAAGGGGGCUGGACUGAAGGGAACUUACAAAAGUCCCCAAAAAAACAAUUGUUAAUGCUGUGACUGUAGGUUCCCUUUAAAACAGCUUACUGAUACUUUUCAUCAUUUGUUUCAGGGCAAGAGGCCACCUAAAAAGAUGGUUCACAGCAAUAUACAUCGCAGGGAAGUUGGGGACACAUGGGAUAGCCCCCUGGAUCAGCUCAUUGAGAACCAGAUGGAAAUUGGGGUUUGUAUCUCUAAUAAUACAAUGAUGACUGGGGCAAUGUGCACCCCUCAAACAGUAAAUUAAAACAUGGCAUCAAACUUAAGCACUUUUGUUUUUAAUUUUUUAGUUUAAAUUUCCUCUGGAUAUCAACUUGAAAAUGACUGAAGAGCAAUUCCAACAGCAGAAAGCGGCUAUCCAGGAGAUACUCUUUGAGGUUCUAUCUCUCAGCACUUCUCAAGGUAAGAGAUCCUCCUAUGCUGGGAAAUAGGAUAUGCAGAGCUGGGCUAGGAAGGACAGAGAGAAUAAAUCAUGGAGAACAGGAGUGAAUGAAUCAAAAGUGGAGAGUGGAAGAGCUAGAAUGAAGGUGUGAGAGUGGAUAUAAGGGCAGAAGCACUGACAAGAGAGGAGGGGAGAAUCACAGGGGUAAAACUAGGAAUGGAGGAGGCAGCCCAGAUACUGAAAACUUACCUUACACUAAAAUUAAAAAAAUUAAAGUUCAAAAAUAUUUGGGAAGAAAGUGACCGGUUCAAACACAGGGUAAUUCACAGCACUUGUGCCUCCAAUUUACAAUUUCAGUCAAAUUCCUGUGUGUCAAUGCAGAAAUAUUUUAGACAUUCGCCCUGGUUGUGCAAACACUAUUCAAUGCCCCCCCUUAAAAUUUCCGGGCCCCUUGUUAUCCAUACACAUCGGGCGGCCCUAAGAGGACGGGCCACUUGAUGGGCCCCUUGAACAUGCGGCCCAGGUGGUUCGCGCGCGGGUCGGGGCACAAAACAUGGCGCCUGAUAUCUGGUCGCAGGGUGGCCGGGUCCCCUGGAAUGACACUUAUAUGUAUGCCCUCUGUCUGUGGGGGAGGUGGCAAGAGCUGGUAUGAGGUCUGUGGGAGAGGUGGCAGGAGCUGGUCUAAGAUCUGUGGGGGAGAUGGCAGGUCUUUAAGGGAGGUGGCAGGAGCUGGUCUGAGGUCUGUGGGGGAGGUGGCAGGAGCUGGUCUGAGGGGGAGAUGGCAGGUCUGAGAAGGAGGUGGCAGGAGUUGGUCUGAGGUCUGUGGGGGAGAUGGCAGGAGCUGGUCUGAGGUUUGUGGGGGAGGUGGCAGGAGCCGGUCUGAGGGAAGAUGGCAGGAGCUGGUCUGAGGUCUGUGGGCAGUGGCAUACACACAAUCCAUGGGGCCCCAGUGCGAAACUGAUCCAUGGGCCCCCCUCUCUCCCUAUUACUCUCUCCCCCCGACUGGCACACAUACAUACAUACACCCAUAAUACAGACAUACACACAUACAUACAGACAUAUACAUACAGACACAUACACACAGACCAGGAGCUGGUCUGAGGUCUGGGGGGAGAUGGCAUGUCUGUGGGGGAGGUGGCAGGAGCUGAUCUGAGGUCUGUUGGGGAGAUGGCAGGUCUGUGGGGGAGGUGGCAGGAGCUGGUCUGAGGGGGAGGUGGCGCCUCACUUCCAUUAGCUCAGGAUAACUAACAGGAGGAGGCAGCAAACCUCUCUGGCUGUUUGAUUGGCAGCCAGGGUGUUGUUGCAAAGUAUAUUUAUAAAAGUGCUAAUUUCUCAUAGUAAUCAGCACUUAUAUAAACUGGGGUUAAAAUAGGAUACUACUCACUAACCCAUAAAGCAUUUCAGCAAGCUGAAGUUAUUUAUGGGUGUGGAAUGGUCCUUUAGGUUUAGAGGAACUUGUAACAUUGCCAUGAACUAAACUGCAGGUCUCUAUGAUAGGAAUAAGCAAUGCUUUUGAUACAUAAAAGUGUGAAUCUGUUUUCCCCCAGAUACAGAAGAAAGAAAUGAAUAAACGCACAUCAAUACUGAAUCCUCAUGCUUGCACUCUUCCCUGUGUUCGUUUCCAGAUUGAAGAUACUCUUGUGUGUUUCCUUUUGUGCUAAUCGUGUACUUUUAAAAUAAAGCCGAUGUUUAGAAGCAACAAAAAA